AUGCUCGCUAAUGCUCCAAAGAAGAUCGACUGGAAGAACCACAAGAUUCUGUGCUCCACUUUCAACACCGACCGUACUGGCCCCUUUCAUCGUCGCGCGCUUCUGUUCCCGGGUGGCAGCGAGCCCGUUCGCUUCGAGUGGGUAGAGCUGUGUUUGCAAGUCGGUGAAGGAACAGGACAGCAAGAUUUCGACAGUCGUAGCUUCUUCGCAACAAACGACAAAGACGGCUGCAGCUUCAUGUGCAACGCUGUGGAGGGACGAAACUUCUCCAGAGGCCCCGACGACACACUAGUCUGGUUCAAGAAAAUCAAACCACCCUUUGAGCCUGCCGUGGAUCCGCAAAACCUCGGCCUGCGAUCUUUCACCCGAGGCGGAGCUUGCUGGGAUGAUUUCAGGAGCCCCGUGUUCGUGACGCGUGCUACCAAGGAUAAGGAGCGGCGCCUGACCCAUGGCGACAUGGAUAUGCGGGAUAUGCGUAACGCAGCGGACUACCUUGGCCAGACAUAUCGCGAUGGUCGCGUGCAGCAGGGCGGUUCCAAAUGGGAUGAGAUUGUGCUCGAUGGCUGUGACCCGAUCUGGAACGCCGAUGGAGGAAAUAUUGCCAACCUACUUGGCUUUCCGAUCUUGGUCCAAAGCAUUCAUAACUCAUACGAGGUCGAUGUUGACCCUGGCUACCAGAAGGACGAACUGGUCUUGCUCACCCGCGACUUGAAUUCGACAGUUGUUCUCCCAGGUAUCGACGUCCCUCUAAAAGGUCCACAGGUUGUGCGGACGCCCAACGCAGACGAGAAUCAGGCCAUCAUCGCCCAGGUUUGUCGUCGGCUCCGGGUUGGCGCGACAGGCUUCGGCUCGUGUGUCCAAAAAUACACUUUUGGCAUGGCAGGAAUUGUCUACGUGGUCCGUGUCGAUGGCAAGCCAUUCCCCAGAGAGCAUGCAGAGGCGCUCUGCGCGUACAUCAGAGACAAUAUCGAGCCUCAACUAGCUGCCGCUACAGCCGGUUUGUCGGAGAAUGUGACCGUACCGCGGAGAGAGGAGAUCCUGCAGUCGAUCAGCAAGGCCAGCUUCAUGGACUUUUUCAACACGAUAACGGCUGCCAAGCUAGCAGCUGGCGAGGAGUCGUGGCGUGAUCUACCUAGUCCUUAUGAGAUCAAGCAUGCUGACAUCCGGGAGAGAUUGGCAGCUAGGAUGAAAGUUCAGCAAGAGAGUGGCUUUGAGCAGAGCAACGAAAAGAUGUCGAGGCAAGAGAGAGGGCAGUUCAUCGAGGUGCGGAUCCUGGACCAGCAGCGCCUGCUGCAUGUCGCUCAGAAGGACAGCCUCCAGGUUUAG